CAGGACAUGCUCUUCCGCACCUUCAGCCACGUGGACGCCUACCUCUCGCGCAGGAGCGUGCAGCGGGCCGAGCUGCAGCUGGCGGGCGUGGCGUGCACGCUGGCCGCGGCCGGGCUCGAUCCAGCCAGCCAGGCGGACGACGACGCGGCGCUGGCCACUUGGCUCGCCUUCGUCACCGACGGCGCGUGCACGCCCGCGGAGGCUCCCCGACGCCGCCGCCGGUGCACGCGGUGCUGGGCUUCCGCCUGCAUCAGCCCACCGUGUACACGUUCCUGCGGCGCUACUUGCGGCGCACCGGGUGGACCGAGGAGAGUUUCAGCCUCGCGAACUACCUGAUCGAGCUCGCCGCCAUCGAUUCGGGCUUCCUGGCGUACCGGCCCCAGGCCAUCGCGGCGGCUGCCGCGGUGCUGAGCAGGCAGUACCUGUCCCAGGGGAUCAGCGUGCGGCACAUUCCGUGCUGGAAGGCGAAGCUUAUGCGCUGCGCGCACGUUGACCUGCCGCUGGAGCUGGCGCCGUGCACGGCGGCGCUGGCGCGGCUGCACGCGUCUGAACAUGGCCGCCCGAACAAGUUCGUGAACAAGAAGUACGCCUGGGCGAGACUGCACAUGGUCGCCAAGAUUCCGCCCAACCCCCCCGCGGAGCCGUCCUUCUUCGUCGCCUACAUGUCGUCGGCGGAACAGGCCAACUGAGCCGCGGAGCGGGCGUGGAGCUGCAGGUGGAGCCGACCACGGGCCAGCCGAGGGGUCGCCCUCGUCCUGCUCACCCACCAACAUCCCCACGUGGGGGGGGGACGGGCGGACAGAGUCGUGACGGCGGCGCGCCCUGGGCGGCGGAGCAGAGCACUGCUUCCCAUCCCCGCGCCGGGCGAGCUUCAGCGACGGCCGCGACCAAUUUGCUUAAAAGUCGACUGCGCACCAAGCCGCUGGCGGCGCCCCGCCAAAGGCCGGGGCACCGCGGCGGCGGCAGCAGCGGCGCGAUCACACGUAGGGUCUGCAAAGAUUAUUCCCGACACCUAGGUUAGCAUAGGCUCUGCCAGGCGCCUCCAGUUGCAGGCACUUUUUUCGCGCGGCGCCUGGCCCUCCGAGUGCAGGACAGGUCUUUUUGCUCGGGGGGAGGCAUCACGGCACGGAGCGCGAAGGGCGCCCCGAAUGGCGCUGUGGCAUGGCGGUCGGAGCCACCACGGCGUCAUCCGGGGUUCCCCCAGCGCAGCAGCAGUGGCCCGCCCGGACAUUGCCAGAACGCGGGGGUAAGGAAGGAGGCGUGGCG